AUGGAGAUGACUAGGCUGUUAAAGUUGAUGUUUACGUUUUAUAUCGCCGGUCUGAUUCCGACCAUACGAGCAAACCUUUCUGAGUUGGACGAAUAUUGGUCGAAACGAGCCGGCGAAGCCCGAGAAUUCACCCUUCAAGCUUAUCAUUCUAAUCCUUACGAAGUCGUCGAUCAUUUUCACGAACGUCACUACGACAACUCUACUGAUGUAAAGGAGACCGAGGAAGAUAGCGACGACGAGAAGCCUGAAGAGGUGGAAGAUGAUGUCAUUGAAAUGGUAGGAAACGAGAUGAACAGCACGAGGCGAAUCUUAAGAGGUAAACCUAAAGGUAAAGGUAAAGGCAAACGAAAAGGAAAAUGGAGUAAGCUCAAGGGACCGUGUACCGCAAGUAACCCGAUAGAUAAAUGUUGGCGUUGCCGUUCGAAUUGGGCUAAACGUCGCAAGAAUCUUGUCAAAUGUGUCCGCGGGUUCGGACACAGCACAAUAGGUGGAAAGCGCGGACGCAUCUACGUGGUUACAAGCAACCUAGACGAAGACAUGGUGAACCCUAAGCCCGGGACGUUGCGCCACGCCGUGAUUCAGAAGGAACCUCUUUGGAUAAUUUUCAAGAACGAUAUGCAUAUUCGUUUAAGCCAAGAGCUUAUGAUUUGUAGCUUCAAGACGAUCGAUGCGCGAGGGGCUGAUGUCCAUAUCGCGCAUGGCGCAGGGAUUACGAUUCAGUUUGUGAGACAUGUCAUUAUCCAUGGAUUGCGUAUUCACCACAUUUGCCAGAGUAAUGGUGGUAUGAUCCGAGACUCAACAGACCAUUUCGGAAUGAGAACUAAAGCCGAUGGAGACGGUAUAUCUAUAUACGGUUCUUCUAUGAUAUGGCUUGACCAUAUUUCUAUGUCAAAAUGUCAAGAUGGACUCAUUGAUGCCAUUGUUGGAUCUACUGCCAUUACAAUCUCUAACUCUCACUUCACUCACCACAAUGACGUGAUGUUGCUUGGUGCGCAAAACGACAAUCAGGGGGACAAGAAGAUGCAAGUCACAGUGGCUUAUAACCAUUUUGGUAAAGGACUUGUGCAGAGGAUGCCAAGGAUCAGGUGGGGGUUUGUUCAUGUUGUGAACAAUGACUACACUCAUUGGGAGCUUUACGCUAUAGGAGGUAGUCAAGCUCCGACGAUACUCAGCCAUGGAAACCGAUUCAUCGCUCCUCCACACAAACCUCAUUACCGAGAGGUGACUAAGAGAGAUUAUGCUUCGGAACAUGAAUGGAAACACUGGAACUGGAGAUCUGACAAAGACAUGUUCAUGAAUGGAGCUUAUUUCAGACAAUCUGGGAACCCUCAUUUUAAAUGUCAUCACACGAGAAAACAAAUGAUUAAACCGAAACAUGGAAUAGCGGUUUCUAUGCUGACCAAAUACGCCGGAGCACUUGAUUGCAGAGUCGGAAAACGCUGUUAGAACAUUCCUUUUUUGUAAUUACGAUGUAAAGACAAUUUUUUCAAC